AUGAACAGCGGCUCCAACAACUCAGCCCGAGUGCCGGGUCUGCACGAAGCCCGGACGCACCCAAGAGAAGAUGACGAUGCCGACUCGGCGGUCGACUCGGGAAGCAUCGCGUCGUCGACCACAUCACUGACCGACAGCAUUUUCGACUACCGCAGAUUGAAUGGGCGCACAUACCAGCAGUCCAAGGCGGGAAAUGACUACUGGGCGCCAAACGACGACCAACAAAACGAAGGCCUCGACAUCAUCCACAACGUGCUGUUGAUGGUGCUAGAUAACAAGCUAUUCCUUGCGCCAAUUGGCGACAACGUACAUAGGGUCUUGGACCUCGGAACCGGCACGGGGAUAUGGGCCAUCGACUUUGGGGACCAGUUUCCGAACGCCGAGGUCAUUGGUACCGACAUCAGCCCCAUCCAGCCCACCUGGGUGCCGCCAAACGUCAAAUUUUCCAUCGACGAUUGCCUCCUCGAGUGGACAUGGCCGGAGAACUACUUCAAUUUUGUGCACAUCCGCGCCAUGUACGGCAGCAUCCCCGACUAUGGCGCCCUCUACAAAAAGGCGUUCCGGCAUAUCGCACCGGGUGGCUGGUUACAGAGCCUGGAAAUGGACGUGAAAAUCGAGUCGGACCAUGUCGACAUCCCUGAGGACCAUAUCUUUAACCAAUGGGCCGACCUCUUCUACCAGGGAGGCGAGAAGAUGGGUCGCACAUUCACCAUCAGCCAUGGCCACAAAAUGAAAGAACUCAUGGAAGAAGCGGGGUUUGUAGGCAUCGUCGAGAAGAAGGUCAAGGUGCCGCUCCACGGUUGGCCAAAGGACCAGAGGCUCCAGCACGCCGGCUACCUGGCGCAACUGGCGCUCGACCAGAGCCUUGAUGGCUUUGGGACGUUUCUCUUGACGCAGAUCCUGGGUUGGGGGAGGACCGAGGCUACCGUCUUCAUAGCCAAGAUGCGGCAGGAGUCGAGAAAAAAGUCGAAUUACCCCUUCUACAUGACAACGGUUGUUUAUGGGCAAAAGCCAGCUGCGACGACAGGCUAG